AAAGGAAGCUGUAAAGUAAAAAGAGCCUCACCAAAUAUAAUCCAUGACAAAUGAUAUGCUAGGAGAGUAACUAUGUAAAGAAGGAACUCCAAUACCGUCAUUUUGUCACAGGAUCAAAUGUAGGUAGUUGAAUUACGUCGGAUCAUUAUACUUUUAUCUUUGAUUACACACUCUACAUAGACAAUUGAGAAUUGCUAAAAAUUAUAAAUCAGCUCAACAUUUCAAAGAUGUACAGCCUAACAAUCAAUUUCUCAUGUUCUAGUUGAAAGAGCAAACUGAAAUAAGCUAAUGGCAAUUGAGUGGCUUACCCAUCAAAAAUUAUGGCUGUAUCAAAUACACCAUGCCCUCGAUGCACCAUAUGAUCAUCUAUAGGUAUCAUCAUCAUUAUAGGAUCAAGAACAAUACCACCAAAGAUGCUGGAAUACAUCGCAGGAUAGGGUUGAUCCGUAGCUUUAUUGCACUUCUUGUUCAGAAUUUCAAUUAACUAAUCAGAAUGAAAGCAGUUAGGAACGGAAACAUGUAACUCAAAAUAAGAGAAAAGGCAAAAAAAUAAAAAAAUAAAUAAUAAAACAAUUAGUCUUAAAACAAAAACAUAUAAGCUCAAACGGCAAAGUCUCAUAUGAGACAUUUCAUGACUAAUGAUAUGACCGGCGAUUUGGUUAUUUUUGAGAAUGAUUAUUAAGAGACAAUCUCACCCAAAACUUUCUUCAAGAAAACUCAGGUGGCUUUUGGAAUUGCAUAUGGUCAUAUUUCUAUUACUAAUUCAUACUUUAAUAGCUUCAAGACGACUACCAGGAAUCAAGUUUUUAAUCAUUUCACAUGCUUUCAUCAGUUUGACAUAUAAAGAGCAUAGAAAAAGACACCUAUGGACCUUAAUAGGCAUAACAUAGAAAGUGCUGCAUUACUUCCCUCCGCCCUAACAAAUAGAACAGAAAUUAAAUGGUCCAAAAAUUGCAGCUUAUAACAGUCAUUGUCUCAAUUAUACUAGGACAGAAGAUUCCAACUUACAACUUAAGUAACAUGAUUUUACUGAACUGAUUUUACAAUUUACACUUAAUCAUUUAAUAACCCCCAAAAAAAAGGAAAAUUGAAGUCUCUAGUUCAAUAGAUGACUUAUGCAUGCUAACUGACAUAGACCAACAAUUUCCAUUCAAAAGAAGCAUAUUUGCAUGAUAUAGAACAUGUUAUAAAACAUGAAGACAUGAUAUCAGAAUGACAGAACAGAAACCAUAGUGUCUUAUUCAUUAUAAGAACAUGAUAAAACCUUCUUUUAAUACCGAAUCUCAAAUAUAAUCUUCUACCAACAUUAAAGCAUAAUCACUCCAAAUUCUCUCAUUCUCUCAACCCAUACAAUGCAUGUUACCAUAGUCACCAGCACCAGCAAUUUCCCCAUAGAAAUAAGCCACCAAGAGCCUGUACUUGAGAUCAAACACAAAAUAUCGAAAAUCCUAGGCAUCCCUGUAUCCAUACAAACACUUUCCGUGUUAGGCUUUGAACUAAUAGAUGGGCUUGACAUGGAUGACUACCCCAUCAUUCACGAGGGCACAAAAAUCGACCUCAUUGUCAACACUACUCACGACGAAUUACCUCCUAUGGACUACUACUUGGAGCACAGUCAGCACACUAGCUGCCAUAACAAGAUCCCAGUCACAAUAAAAUUUUCCUCAAGGCAAGUAAGCAUAGAGGUAGACAACAUAACAGAAACAGUCAGAAGCCUGAAGGAGAAAAUUCACAUUAUUGAUGGUACCCCGAUAAAGAGGAUGUUACUAUACACUUCAGGGGUAGAAAUGGAAGAAGAAUUUCGAUAUCUGAGUGAGUAUGGGGUUACUGAAUAUUCAGAAAUCACAGUUUUUCUUAAGAGCAUGAACAGGAUUAAGGCCGAACCUCUCUGCAGGAAGCUAAGCGUGGUGGUACAGACCUCAAAAAGUUUGCUAAACGCAGCAAGCAUACCCUUAGAGAUGAAGGAAACAAGCACUGUUAAUGAGGUGAGGCAAUUGCUGUUAAGUAGAAGGAUUCUGCCUAUGGAUGAUUACAUUUUCAUCCAUAAACAGAGGAUUAUGCGCGAUAAUUGUAGUCUUCGUUGGCACAGUGUUGAAAAUGGAGAUUAUCUCUAUGUUUUUAAGGGGACUAUUAGCAACGAUGGAUAUUAGGGGUUUGUAUUGUUCAGCAGUUGUACUACUGCUGCAUUAACUUAGCUUUAUUGUUCAAGAUUGCAUUAGGACUUUAGGAGUCAUUCACUGCUUUUUAAACUAGCAAAAAAAAAUUAGGGGAUUUGUUCCAUUACUACAU